AUCUUCCUUGCCUCUUGCAGAGAUGACCAUGAACACUUUUGUCCUCUCUCUCUCUGUCUCCACUUUCCUCCCUCAUCACAGAGCAAAGCACAAGACCUGUCUCAUCGAUGGAGCGUUUUGCCUGGCCUGAGUACCUCUCCUCAAGCCGCAAGCACGCGAUCCAGGAGCUCCUCCAUGGCCAGAACCCCACGAAGAAGCUCAGACAUCUCUUCGACGCUCACUCUCAAACUGGCAAUGACACGGGGCAGCCCUUGCUUGCGGAAGAUCUGAUCGUCAACGCCCUCAGGUCGUUUAGCAACACCCUAUCCCUAUCAAGCAGCUCCGAGUCCUACGAGGUCUUGCAGGUCCCGACCAACGCCUGUGUCAGGUCCGAGGUCUCCGAGGGAAGUGAGAGCAUCAACACCCCGGUCCCGAGAAAGACUUUAGAUACAUGGACAAGACUGGACCGGAAUUUGAUGGACGAUGGGCACCAAUGGAGGACAUGUGAUCAGAAAUCGAUUCUCAACUCCAAGUUACCCCCAGGGCAUCUAGCUGGAAAGAAUUGCCGGAAUGAGCUAUCAGAAACAACAGUUAGUAAAGGGCCUGUUGAUCAGGCUACAUUACACCAUUCACCUGUGGAGCCUGGAAAAGAUGAUACCUUGGGUUCAAGCUCUGCAAAGACUCCCAAAUCCCCAUUGAUGCUGUUUCCAUUAUUGUUGGAUGCCAUCUCAAAAGAAGUUGCUGCCAAGGAUAUGAACACAAUUAAAGCUAAUUAUGAACUUUAUAGGACCAAGAGGAUCUCUCGAAGUGACUUCAUCAAGUGGUUGAGAUCAAUAGUUGGUGAUGAAUUGUUGUUGUCAGGCAUAAGGAGUCUUCAAGUGAUUAGUAAGAAAUCAGAUGGUAAAUGGCCUGACUAG